AUGGUUUGUGCGGAGAGAGACUUUACAUUGACAAAGCGGACACUCAUGUCGGUCGCCAGUCUACACGCCACAGCAAUCCGCCAGCUAACACCAGCUCUCUUGUCCUCUACAGCUACGACUGAUGCCCCCCCAGUGACUGUUGGCGAGCGGUCCAAGCAGCGCUACUACCAGACCAACCCCGUCGAGCGCCGCUUCGAAGAAGUCGGCUUCCCUGGCCUGACGCCGGCAGAAAAGAAGACGUACACCCACUCGAGGCUGAUCCUCCCCGUCGCAAACCGCCAGGUAUCGCUCUCGAACAAGACCGACCGCGAGUACUGGAAGCAGGUCACCAAAGAAGGCCUCCCCUGCCGCCGCCUCAAGAACAACUACAGUUGGGGAACAGACAAGCACGGCCGCGACGUUGGCACCUACAGAUUCGAAGAGCUCAAGAAGCGAUCGCUGAGCCAGGCUAAGCUGACUGCGCUCACCGUCCUCCAUCGACAGUUUCUGCUCAAGAGGGAAGCCGCUCGCAGCAAAGGCGCCGAGCUCCCACAGGAGGAUAUCGAUCAGGAAAAGAAGAGGCGGCAAGAGAUGGCGGCAUUGAAGAGAGAGCUCUACGGGGAGAUUCCCGGACCGCUUGGCAACGACCCGGAGUGGGACGAUGUGAUUCCCAUUCCGCAGGAAGAGCCUCAGGAUGCCUUGGCGAGGAUUGCCUAUACCGACGACUAUGCUGAGGCCGUCUCUUACCUCCGCGCCGUCAUGGCCUCCGAAGAAUACUCCCCUCGCUGCCUCCGCCUCACAGAGCAUGUCAUCGCCAUGAACCCAGGCCACUACACCGUCUGGCUCUACCGCUUCAAAAUCGUCUCCGCCCUCAAGCUCUCCAUCACGGAUGAAAUCCAGUGGCUCAACGACGUUGCCCUGAACCACCUCAAGAACUACCAAAUCUGGCACCACCGCCAGCUGCUCCUCGACCACCACUUCGCCAACACGCUCAGCUCCGACGCCGAGGCCGCCAAGCAGUUUGCCAAAUCCGAGACCGACUUCAUCUCCAAGAUCCUCGCCAAGGACACCAAGAACUACCAUGUGUGGUCGUACCGCCAGUACCUCAUCACGAAGCUCAACUACUGGAGCCCCUUUGAGCUCGCCACCACGCAGAGCAUGAUUGAGGAUGACCUGCGCAACAACUCGGCGUGGUCGCACCGCUUCUUCAUCGUCUUCUCGGACCCGUCCCAUUCCACAAAGGGCAGCGCUGCUACGGAGUAUGAUCCCAAGGUGCCAGGCGCCAUUCUUGAUAGGGAGAUUGCGUACGCAGAGGAGAAGAUCAAGCUUGCGCCGCAGAAUCAGUCUUCUUGGCUGUACUUGCGCGGAGUCUUGGCGAAAGGUGGCCGCGGACUGGAUACAGUGGGAGAUUUUGCCUCGCAGUUCUUUUCUAAUCUGGGCGCCGAGGACGAGGAGGUCACGAGCUCGCAUGCGUUGGACCUCAUGUCAGAAGUUUACCACAAGCAGGGCGAAAUUGAAAAAGCCAAGCUAUGUCUGGUAGAACUAUCAGAGAAGUGGGACCCUGUGCGGGAAGGAUAUUGGAAGUACCGGCUGUCAGAGCUGAAAUAA